ACGGACGCGCGCUUUCCCUGUCCACGGUACCGAACGAGCUCCCGCACCUACUGCUGAGUUCCACCUCUCCAGAUUUCUUUUUCUUGAUCUGUCUUUGUCAUUUACCUCCUCCUGGCUUUUUCAAAGGUGAAUUCUGAUGGACUACAGUCGUUUGUAAUUAAAAAUAUAACGACAAAAUGGAAAAUCGAGGAAUUACAGAAGAGGGAAAGGGAGUUUCAAAGGACAUUUCAGUGACUGUGAAACAAUAUUUUAAUUGAUUGAUUAUUUUGGUGUUUUGUAGGUCGUCUACAAGGAAUAGUAAAAACGCAUUUUUUACUGGGUCAAAAAUAGGCUACUUGCUCAGGUUUCCACACUCAAGGAAUAUGCUGAAACAUCUCACAGCCAAUUCAUAUUAAAAUUUCUUAUUCAUAUCGAGUGGAAUAUUAUCUUUGGAGAUGAAUACGAUGAAGGAACGAGUUUUGGCUCCCGGUAAGGAGAGAUUGAGGAAUCUGGCCGGGAAAACCCUGGGACACAUGCACAGGGUGAUGGAGAAGAAGCAGAAAACCGGUGAGGUUAUCGAGCUGACGGAAGAUGGACGGCCCGCGCAAAUGAAGGAGAAGAAACCUCCUCUGUGCGACUGUACGUGUUUCGGGCUCCCGCGUCGCUACAUCAUCGCCAUCAUGAGCGGCCUCGGCUUCUGCAUAUCGUUCGGAAUCCGCUGUAACCUCGGAGUCGCGAUUGUCGGCAUGGUCAAUAACAGCACCAUUCACAGGGGCGGCAAGAUCAUAAUCAAAGAGAAAGCUAAGUUUAACUGGGAUCCGGAGACGGUGGGAAUGAUCCACGGCUCGUUUUUCUGGGGCUAUAUAGUGACACAGAUCCCUGGAGGAUAUAUAUCCUCACGACUGGCUGCCAACAGGGUGUUUGGUGCUGCUAUCCUGCUCACGUCAACACUCAAUAUGUUCAUCCCCUCUGCGGCGCGUGUGCACUACGGCUGUGUCAUCUUUGUGAGGAUUCUGCAGGGCCUUGUUGAAGGUGUGACCUACCCAGCAUGCCAUGGAAUUUGGAGCAAGUGGGCUCCACCCCUAGAGAGAAGUCGUCUAGCAACCACCUCUUUUUGUGGUUCAUACGCGGGUGCUGUGAUCGCUAUGCCAUUGGCUGGAAUAUUAGUGCAGUACUCAGGCUGGUCUUCUGUCUUCUACAUAUAUGGUUGUUUUGGGAUUGUCUGGUACAUGUUUUGGAUUCUGGUUUCAUAUGAGAGCCCAGCAGAUCAUCCCACCAUCACAGAUGAAGAGAGAAUUUACAUUGAGGAGAGUAUUGGAGAAAGUGCCAAACUACUUGGGCCGUCUGAGAAAUACAAGACGCCCUGGAGAAAGUUCUUCACCUCCAUGCCGGUCUAUGCAAUCAUUGUGGCCAACUUCUGCCGGAGCUGGACCUUCUAUCUGUUGCUCAUCAGUCAGCCAGCGUACUUCGAAGAAGUGUUUGGCUUUGAAAUCAGUAAGGUCGGGAUGCUCUCUGCUCUACCCCACCUGGUUAUGACCAUCAUAGUGCCAAUUGGCGGUCAACUGGCUGACUUCCUGCGCAGCAAAAACAUCUUAACCACCACCACCGUCAGAAAGAUCAUGAAUUGCGGAGGGUUUGGAAUGGAGGCCACGCUGCUGUUAGUGGUUGGUUUCUCUCACAGUAAAGGUGUGGCCAUCUCAUUUCUGGUGCUAGCAGUUGGUUUUAGUGGCUUUGCUAUAUCAGGUUUUAAUGUCAACCACUUGGACAUUGCGCCAAGGUAUGCCAGCAUACUGAUGGGUAUUUCUAAUGGAGUGGGCACACUUUCUGGAAUGGUCUGCCCUCUCAUUGUAGGUGCUAUGACCAAAAAUAAGACUCGUGAAGAAUGGCAGAAUGUGUUCCUGAUCGCCUCUCUGGUGCAUUACGGCGGUGUGGUGUUCUAUGGGAUUUUUGCGUCCGGCGAGAAGCAGCCGUGGGCAGAUCCAGAGGAGACCAGCGAUGAGAAGUGUGGCUUCAUCGAUGAAGACGAGUUGGCGGAGGAGACCGGUGACAUCACGCUGAGCCACGCUCCUUUUGGAGGCCAGGCCGGGCUUGGGGGCCCCGCCAAAACAUAUGGGGCCACGACACAGCUGAAUGGGGGAUGGGCGAAAAGCUGGGAGAAAACCGAGGAAUACAUCCAGGAGGACGCCGAGCAGACGUAUAGAGGAGACGGGUACUCGUAGAGAUUUCUUUCCCAAUGAGUCAAAACAAAACAAAUCCUUUAAAAUACAACAAAGUAAAACAGAAAUAAAGAGAGAUAUGCGUGAUUAUAGACAGUGUAAGAGUUAGAGACAUCUUUUAAAAAGAGUCUUUGUCCAAUCUGAAGUGAAUAUAUUUAAGAGGGAAUAAUGUAUUGAGAGAUAUUAAUAAGAAUAUACAGCUAAUCAUAUAUAUAUAUAGUCAUUUAGGAUUAUAUAAAGAAUAUAUAUGGCUAAAUCAGUUUAAAGACUAUGUAAAUGUUUUUUUUAAAGUACAGAUAUGUUCAAUUAUUACUGUGGUUUACAACAUUUAAUCAACUGACAAUAUUUAAUAGCACAGACAUCUGUAAUCAAAGCACAGGUCUUGGCUGUUUUUACAGGUUUAGACUAGUUUUGUUUGAGUUUUGUGUCUUCUACUGUAACUUUAGUAGAUGAGUAGUUAAAUUUAACUGGUCAGAACCAAUUAGUGCAGAGUAGAGUAGUUUAGAUUAACAGUUUUGUUCAAAAGAAACUCUCUGGUUUACAGAGCUCUUGCCAUCGACCUCACAGAAAAUAUGCAAAAUUUGGGUUAACUAUAUUAUAUAACUUAAACCUAUGAAGAAUGCUGUUUAUCAUUAUGUACUUGUACUAUAUUACACAUUAUAAACUGGUUCCUUUAUUUGGGACAUAAACCAAUAGAAGGUAGAGCAAAAUAGUCAUUAUAUAACUGCUCGGUGCAGAAAGAGUCUAAAAUAGCACAAAUUUGCAAAAACAUAACUGAUAUAUCUGAAUACUGAUGUGUAUUAAAAUAAGUGUGAAAUAUAUUGAAAAACCUUUAAAUGUUUGAAACAUCCUAAAGUACACUUGAGAACUUUUUAAAGUGCAAUCUUGUAUAAAUUUUGUUCAGCUACUUACAUCAACAAUACAUUCAAGUGUGUGCUUGGCAAUACAGUCCUGUAUUUUAAGUGGUAUUAAGCUGGUCUUCAUUUAAAAUGUUCCAUUUUAACCAUCAUAUAAUGACAAACCAGACAUUUUCUAAGAUACUUUGAAUGCACUGACAUGUUGUUAUUUGAAAAAAAAGAAAGAAAAAAAAGUAAUUUCUAUCUUAAGUAUGUGUUUUGACAUGGAUUUACUGUUUCUGUGAGACUGUUGUGAAGCUGGGUCAGUGAUAUCUGUGCUAACUGUUUAUUGGGCCAUAUUUAUCAUAGAAACUGUAAUAACAGUGAGGCUGUCCAUUUGGGAUGUAUAUUGCGAUGCCACUGAGAGCCUUCCAUUUGUACGGUCGAAUCCUGAAUAAGGAUCUGGUGAUCAUUUAAUGUAUUUAAUUGUCGCCAUGCAAAGCUGAUGUAAUGUGUUCUUGAGUGAAUCUCACGAAACCCAUCAGGAACAUGUCUAGGUCCUAUUUCAUCCCAAAAUCCAAAGAAUUACAGGGUUAGUUCACCCCCCAAAAAAAAAAAAAAAGGUAAUUAAUUACUCACCCUCGUGUCUUUACAAACCCGCAAGACUUUCGUUCAUCUUUGAAACACAAAUGAAGAUCUUUUUAAUGAAAUCUGAGAGAUUUCUGUCCCUCCAUUGACAGUCUAUGCAACUACCACUUUGACGCUCUUUAAGUUCAUAAAGAGAUCGUAAAACUAAUCCAUAUGAAUCGAGCAGCUUAGUCCAAAUUGUUUGAAAAGACACGAGCACUUUAUAUGAUAAGCAGAUUGAUUUUAGGCUUUUAUUCACAUACAAACACUGAUCAGCAAAUAUAAACAGAAGCUCAACCGAACCUGCUUGGUGUGCGAGAAUGAACCUCAUUGGUUCUUCCAGAAGCUCAAACGUGCUGCGUAACAUGAGAAUACACCUCAUUGGUUCCUAUAGAAGCUCAAACAUGCUGCGUAACACAACUCUGUAACCCUAACGCUUAAAAUACUUAAACUUAAAUUAAACAAAUUAGUUCAGUUAAAUUAACUGUUAUGAGUAUUUAGAACUUUCUUUUUCUUUUGAGUUCACAACACUGACAUAUUGCAAGUAGCAUGAACUGUUUCAUUGUUUUGAGUUGUAUGAACUCAUUUAUUUUAAUGUGUUUAAAUAUUUUUAUUAGAAAUUUUAACAGAAAGUCAAUUGUAAUUACACUUUUUUAAAAUGCAAACAAAACUUACAUUGUUAAUCUCGGAGUUGUUACUCAAUAUUUACUUAUCUGUGCCAAACUGUUCGAUUGCAAAUUUCCAUGCUUCGUUUGCGUCGGUGAAAAGCUUCUUCCUCGCUGUACGUCACCCGAAGUUUCGCUGGAUACAGAAUGCCAAACUUCACACCGGGUUUAUCCCGAAGGAUCUGUCUAACUCUGGAAAAGGCUGCCCGAUGUUUUACCACAGCUCUGAAGAUCUGGAUGGAACGACUGUUAAAGGUUAGCUUUCUUUGUGAUGACACUUUGCGCAUGAUGUUUUCCAUAGUAUGGCCAUGGUGUAUCCGAGCAAUAAACCGACGCGGUGGGUCACUGUCCUCAGGCCGGGAGCGAAGAGCCCGGUGUGCGCAAUCCAGGACAGGAAGCUCAUCUAAUUCAAGCACCUCCAUGAGCAGCUUAGCUACAAAUUCUCUAGCACCUUGACCGUUUUCCAAUCCUUCUCGGAUUCCCGCGAUUCUUAUAUUUUGCCUCUUAGAACGGCCUUCCAGAUCGAUAACAGUUACAUUUCUCUGUUAUUUCUGACACCUGCUCGGACAGACUUUUAACUUGAGCUUGUAGUUUCGUAACAGCAUCUGAUGAGGCCGUAGCGGUCUGUUCAAGAUGUUCGAGAGUUGUGCGAUGGUCAUUUAUGAUUAACUGCAUUGCACCAAACUUCGCAUCAAUUUUCAUCUCCAGCGUCGCAAUCUCUCCUUUUAAACUUUCUUUAAUAUCAGUCUUAACUUUGCCUAGCUCCAUUCGGAGAGAUUCAAUUGCAAGCAGCAGCGGGUCGUUACUUGCUGUUGAGCUGGCUUCUACCAUCGAGCCCGCGGUCUCGGCUGAACUUUCUCCCUCAGCGACAUCUUUCUUUCCUUGUUUCUUUGACGCCAUUUAAGCAAGAAAAUUGCGAUUGCAACACUGUUAAGGAUUCGAGAGCACUAACUAGCUUUAUGUUGUCUUGUUUUAAUGAAAUUUGAGUGAAAAUCAGCGGAGCUACAAAACUCACAUCUUACUCCAUCUUAAACCUGGAAGUCCCCCCAUUUUAACUGAAGUUUAACUGAAAGCGGGCUAGGAUUUCCAUUUCCCAGCAUGCUUUGCCCAUGGCACUCGAAAGGGAGAGUAAAUGCUAAAAUUAAGUGUUAUAUAGAGAGAUUUAGUAGUGAUUAUUGUUUUGUUAUGCCAAUUUAGAAGAGUUUCUGUUAAUGUGGGUUUUUAGAGAGUUACCAUCAUGGUGACAAGCAGCGAUGCUGCUUGGUUUGAGAGCAUGUUUUAAGUACAUGUUUUAAGUUAAGGGUACAUGUUUUAAGUUGCUGUACUCAUUAAGUAAGUGCUAUACCAUGCUAUUGUUAACAAAUUAGCAAGUUGGCAUUUUCUGAAUUAGUUUGUUAUAUCUAGCAAAAUAUUUAUGUUGAGAUAACCUGAUAAUUUUAAGUUAAAUGUAUAAAUUAGUGAACUCCAAUAUUUUAAGUUAAGAACAAUAAAAAUGUAAGAGUACAAAAUACAAAUCUUAAACUUUGAGUUUCUUAGCUUAAAAAUUUUGUUCUGACAACUUAUUAGGGUUUAAAGUGAAGUAAAUAACUCAUUUGAUUUGCAAGAACUCAAAAUAAAAAAGUUAAGUAACUAAAUCUUUUAUGUUAAUUGCUAUUAAAAUGUAUGAGUUAGCUAACUCAGUACUUCAAGUUAGGAGCAAUUAACAUGCAUGAGUACUACAAACUCAAAACUUGAUAGUUCUGCUUACUUAAAAUUGGGAACUUCAUCCCCCAGUUUCACAGACAAGGCUUAAGCUAGUCCUAGACUAAAAUGCAUGUUUGAGCUGUUUUAACUAAAAGUAACUUGUACUGACAUAUCUUAAAAUAUGUCACUGCCAUUGUUUUGUCUCAAGAUGCACACCAGUACAGUGUUUUUUUUCUAGUGAACGUUUAUAAAAGAUACUUAAAUAUCCUAAUUGAACUAAGGCCUAAUCCUGGCUUAGACUAAGCCUUGUCUGUGAAACCGGGCCUAAAACUAAAAAAAUUUGAUGUAAAUGAAUACCUCCAAUUUUUUGAGUUAGCCCAACUUAUUCGGGUUUACAGUGACGAAUGAACCUCAUUGGUUCUCACACGCAUCAAGCAAACAUGCUUGAGCUUCAGUUUAUCACUACUGAUGUGUGAGUUGAUGAAUGUUUAUACGUGAAUAAAAGUAUAAAAAGUAUAAAAUCAUAUAAAGUGAUCGAAAUUUGAAUUACAGCGCUCAAUUCAUACAGAUUAGUUUUAUGAUCUCUUCAUGAACAUUUUGAAGCGUCAGUGUCAAUUGCGUGGAUUGUCAAUGGAGGGACAGAGAGCUGUUUUUAGUUUUUUAGGGAUUUUUUGUAUUUACUUUUACAACAAUUAAGCAAUUCCACAAAGCAAAAAAAUGGUAUAUAGUUUAAACAGUAAAGCAUUUUUAGAUCAUAUUAUUAUUAUUAUUAUUAUCAUUAUUAUGGUAAUAGAAAUAAGUAACCUGGGCGGUGCUUAUUUUCAUGAAAAUAAUGCCAAUGUAAUAAUGAAAAAAAAAAUCGUAUAGUCCUAAGGCUUCAUUUUCUUUGAAAAAUGAAAUGUUACUUGCACGUUUUGUGAGAUUCACUCUGAUGCUCCAUUCAUGACACAAACCAGUGUUGUGUUUUGUUAACCAGCAGUAAUGUGUCAGAGUCUUAAAACGUUCCUUGAUCAAAAAAUAAUAAUAAUGAUAAAUAAAAAAAACAUCUAUUAAGAACAUGUACUGCAAUAAUCUACUAAUAACAUCAGCAAUCUUGUUAUAUUCAUCAUCUGAAUCGUUCAACAAAUCUGAGUUGUGUCUAGUUUACAGAGUCAUUCGAAUGAUUGCGGAAGUCUUAUUGAAACAUCAGAAUCAGCUUAUGUUUGUGCUGAUUAGAAGAUACAUAGACAUUUUCAGAGGUUGGAAUCUGAGCCAUGCUUUAAGUUGUUCUGAAACUCAGCUAGGUGUUUUUUAGAUUUGUGUAUUUUGUGAUGACUAUAUAUCACAAACCUAAAGCUCUUUUCAUGGCCUCUUGCCUGAGACUGAAGUGCACAAGUGAUUGUUAUAUUCUAUUGUUGUGUCAAACAGAGCGAUUUGUUGAUGUCAAAAAGUGUUAAACUGUAUGAUCUGCUCACUAAGUGUGAUUUUAUAUACAAUUGUUCAAAUCAAGACAUGAUUAUGUCUUUCCUUUGAUUUUUGCGACUGGUGGACCAAAAUUUAGAGGCAAUUUUCUGGUUUUGAAAAGAUAAGAGUUGAUGUUCUUUAUAGAGUAUGAUGAUUAUUUUUGCAUGAUAUAGUCAUUAAAAUCAUUCUGGGCAUUGA